UAAUAAUGAAUAUAUAUAGAUUCCAGUCGAAAGGAAUAAUAUACUAGCGCUGCAUUAUAAUAUUCGCAGCAUGAAGGAUAUCACUAUUCUACAGGUGAGGAAUCCAGGUCUGUUCAUGGUACGGGAGGUGCCCACAUCUAGCGAUGAUGAAGAAUCGGAGCCUAGAUUGUUUGCCUAUCUCUCACAGCUUAUCAAUGAGGAGUUUUCAAGUUUAGUUGCUAUGGAUACACAAAGCAGACCACAGCUGGGGGAGCUGUGUGUGUGCCAGCGACCAUCUGAUAGAAAGUGGUACCGCGCCAGAAUCGAUAACAUCUUCAUAUCAGCUAAGCAUUUACGUAUUGCACAGUGCUACUUAGUAGAUCUGGGCGAGCGUAUCUCCAUACCAUGGCACUGUGCCAUGACUGUCCCACAGGAGUUCGUUAAGUUACCCUUCCAGGCUAAGGAAUUUGUGUUGUGUGGAAUCAAGCCAGUUUCAAUGGAAAUCGAUGAGGGAGAAGAUGGUGAUUUCUACCCAAACAUGAGUACAUGCCAGGAAUGGGAUGAGUCGGCUGUGCAAUUUGUUAACAAGCUAGUGAAAGAGGCUGGUGGUUGCAAGGUAGCUGUUCAACAAACGGAUAACGUGGGAACACUCCAUGGGAAGUUAUACCUGAGCAUACAAAGCCAUCUGUUCUGCUUGAAUGAGAAACUGGUAGAAGAAGGUUAUGCUGUUGUGUCGGAAGACCGAGUGCCCCCAACUAAAUCCAAAUACAAGGUCAAAGUAGUCAGAGAAGCUGAGGGUGUUGUGAACCAUCUGUCUCAUUCCCAAGCCCCACAGAGGCCAAAGGAUCAGGUAGAGUACCAGCAAAUGACUGAACGAAGAAACCUCACAAGGCAGAAAUCGACAGGAGCGGAAGGGACCUGCAAUGAUUUACCACCCACUUCUUCUCAGAAGGCCCACUUUUCAAAUGAUGUGACGUAUGAUGUAGGUGAACUUAAAGAACUACUGGGUGUUCGUAGUCCUCAUCUGCCCAUACAACCUGCCAUCCCACCGACAUCUUUUCAUCCGGAGCUGUCAAUUCCUGGCAUGUCUGUUCGACAGACAUCGCCCGAGAAACUUGUGGGAGGGACUCUGCAAGGCACGGUCAAUCAAAAUUCCAGACAGCGUGCAAGUUGCGCCAAUAAAAAAGAUUUGAAAAACACAUUGGAAGUUCGUCCAAAAUCACCUAAUCAGAUGUCACGUAUGCCUUUGAAUUUCACUCAGCACUCUCCUGGCAGAGGGCGGGGAUUAUGUAGAGAUGUUGCUUCUUCUGAGACGAGCACAUUUCAUAGAAGAAAUGUGGUAGAGCAAUACUUUAAACAGCACUCAACAACAACAACGACGACAACAACGACGACGACGACGACGACGAUGGCGACGGGACUAACAACAACAAAAACAACAACAGCAGCACCAAGUACAACGACCACGCAGGAAGCAGCAAAGCGUGCUAUGAUACUAAACAUAAUACAAGGGCAUAGCCAUAGAGGUGUACCUCCAGUGAUGCCUAGUGAUUCCUCGUUUACAGAAGACAUUGACAAAGCUUCAGUAGCAGAGCACAAAGCUUCAAUGCAGCGUGGGAACUCACAAAUGCCUCGCACAGUUAUGCCCAGCAUUUAUGAUGCAGUGGCAUGUGGCGAUAUAACAUCUGAUGAAAGCCAUGGUUUGAGAAUAGAGACUGCAAUCACACAAGACGCAGUUACAUCAACUCGUAGAAGACCAGAGAUGUCUGAUGAAAGCCAUGGUUUGAGAACAGAGAAUGCAGUCACACAAGAGGCUAUUACGUCAACUCGCACAAGACCUGAGAUGUCUGAUGAAAGCCAUGGUUUGAGAACAGAGACUGCAGUCACACAGGAGGCAGUUACAUCAACUCGUAGAAGACCGGAGACGUCUGAUGAAAACUCGAGUGAUAUGGAGAUUUCUCAAACAUUUGAGGUGACAUUGGCAGAUGCUGUUGCCGAUGAUAUGAGGGUGCAAAGCAAGGAACCGUGUCCCACAGCUGUCCAUGGGGAUAUCUUACGAAGCAACAUUGCAAACCCUAGUCCUGUUGCUGACAAAUCACCCAUAGCAAGUAUCCUGGCUGAUCCAAGUGAGAUGUCUGAAGAUAUUCUGAGAAAAAACAACAAUGGUGCAAUCGACAAAAAACGACAUUUAUCUGAGAGCCAGAAAGAGUCUAGUGCAAUUGCCUAUGAUAACAAACCUAAUACUAGCAUUCCUGGAGACAGCAAAUGCAGCUCAAGCCCUGCAUCGCAGGAAUCUCUGACAGCACGUCUGCCAAGACAUGUUGCCAUAGAGAAGCAGAGGAAAUGGGCAGCAGACCCUCCUAGUGGCAGUAGGAUGCAAAUUGGAAAUUCAUCUCACCUUACGAGCACGAUGUUGGAUGCCAAUAGCAGCACAGGGUCAGUGAUACGCGCCAGCGUUCGUAGCAGUACUGCGUCUGCAGUCAACGAGUCUCAGAAGUCCCACUCUGCUGAACACUCUCCUGAGGUCAUCCAGUGUCCUGAUGUGCAGAGCCGUUCUGCAGACACGAGUAUGUCAGACAUCGAUUUGAACGUGGUGGAUACUGCUACAAGCAGGUUCUUAUCGGAAAACCUUCUCAAGACCGGCACGACUGAGUUCAAUGACGUUUUCACAGCCUAUCAGUAUGUGACACCUGAUCUGAGAGAAUCUAUAGAGACUGCUGGUGUACUUGUGCAUGGAGAAAAACCUCUACAGCCUAUCUCAUACCUCUCACAAGCAUCCUUCCAUAAGGACAUAAAGAGCAGAUUGAAUGCCUUGGGUUUCAUGAAUCCAGAACGGAUACAGAAAUAUUGCUGGCCUGCCAUUCUACGAGGGCGUAACGUGGUGGCACUUUCUCAUUCUGGAAAUAUCUUGGCCUAUCUUCUUCCUCUGCUGACACAGAUUCAGCAGUCCAAUGUGCACAAGCAGUUGCCAAUGGGCAAUGGGCCUUUGGCCAUUAUCAUGACAUCGUCUUGGAAGACAGCCCUGGCUAUAUAUGACUGCUGUGAGAAGAUCUGUGAGGGCAUUGUACAACAUGCACGUGCUCUCGUUGUCUAUGGUGGAGGCCAGGAAGAAAACCAGAUUGUCUCCUUGAUUAAUGGCUGUGAACUGCUGGUGACAACCCCAUACAGUCUGGAACGAAUGUUGCAGAAAUCUCACACAAACCUGGAUCGACUCUGCUACCUGGUUCUACAUGAUGCUGAUGUUCUGGUAGAGGAGUUUACCGAAAAGGUGAAAUCACUGAUGUCUAGGUUUGCAGCUGUGCUGAAGCAGCGCCCUUCCAACUGCAUCCCGUUGCAGAUCCUCUGCUUUGGUGUCUACUGGACUCCAGGUGUUGCCAACUUCUUGCAAGUCUACAUGCCUGAACCCUUAGUCAUCAUCACCUCCAUGGUUGAAGCAGCCGUCUAUGCUCGUGUAAAGCAGAAUGUGCAGGUGUGUACUGCAGAAAACAGGUCAGUGGAGUUGAAUGGCAUUCUCAGGAAUCUUACUGACAUACAGAAGAGAGUUAUCAUCUUCGUCAACAAUGAACAGGAUGUUAAUGAUCUACGACAGCUAGUGUCCUCGCAAAUCGACUCGAACGAUUCUAUACUGGUUGCUGUUGGAGCCAUGGCACACAACAAUAUACAGGACCUGCGACGGGAAUGGUUGGAAGCUGGAAGCAAAGGCACUGGCAGGGUGUUCCUGUUGCUUUCGAACACGAACAUUCAUCUCAUGCUGAUCACCGAUGCAAACCUAGUCAUUCACUGGGAUCUCGAUAGCAAAAUAAUGUUUGGCAACCGCCUUGGCUGCAUGCAGAGCCACUUCGCACCACAGCUCGUCAAAGGUGCACCUGUGGCAAGCUGCUCGUCCGUCGUGUUCGUGACGCCAGUGAGUGCUGUUACCAUGGAGCUGUUGCUGAAGCGUCUGCGUCAGCCCGUUCCGGCCAAGCUGGCAGAACUCGUCGCCGGAGUCAGGGAAGGACGCGAAGACAACAAGGCGUGGUCGGAGCUCUGCGCGUACAUGAAGGCGUUCGGUUCGUGCCACCAGCAUGUGUGUUCUCAGCGCCACGUACUGUUCAAGUCGGUAGAUACGCCCGGGGCGCGACCAUACUAUGCGAAACUACCCAAGACUGGCAUUGUGAAGAUAUUUGUGGUUGAAGUGAUUGACGUCUGCCAUUUCUUUGUGCGAAUUCUCGAGUACCACAGUGGAUUGGAUCCGGCUGUGAAAAUGGGUGGCACCUAUGAGGAGUUGAUAAUGGAUCUAGACAUGUACUAUGCUGUUCAAGCAAACUGUGAGGCUCUAGGGGUUCCGCAACUCGGCGAUCUGUGUGUGCUGAAGGAUGAGAAGGGCAUUCCUCAUCGCGCUCGUGUCGACCGAUUUCUCAGCGAAGAGCCGACGAAGGGCAAGGACACUCUGAGGGUUCACUAUGUCGAUGACGGGCCAUACAGGACGGUCAUGGUAAAGCAGUUGCUCAAGCUGGCUGACCGCUUCAGCACCAUACCCUUCCAAGCCGUAGAGGUGUUCAUCUGUUGCGUGAAGCCUGACGACAACGACAUGGAUUGGCCGGCCGGUGCUAACAUGGAGGUCCACAAGCUAGUCUACAGGCAGCAGCUCGAUGGCAUGAUUCGCAUGACGCUCGGUAACACGCUGUGGUUGGAACCCCUCGUGAAGAGAAACUACCUACCUUCCAUCAAGGUGUUCACCAACGAGUUCAACGUGAGGAAGGAGAUCUUGAAGCAAGGACUAGGGGUGGAUAACCCAUCCCACCUAGAGGACCUUUAUGAGAAAUGCGAGGGAAUCUUAAGCCUGCCCGACAGGAUACACGAGUCUGACAUGGCAAAGUUGGAUGAAGGGUUGGUCUGCCAGACUGACAUUCUGCCUAUUGGAGAAUAUGAAGACGUGUGGGUGACUGCAGUGAUGACACCUAACUGCCUCUUCUUACAGCGCAGGGCUACAGAGAAACAGUUCGAAGACUUACUAAACCAGCUGAAUGAAUCUGACCCCGCUACACGGAUUGGCACAGUCAACAUGAUUACUAAGAGCCCUUGCCUUGCCUACUAUUUUGUGGAGCAAAGGUGGCAUCGGGCGUGGAUAAUGCACGUGAUGCCAGACCAAGAGCAAGUGGAAGUAUUCUUCAUGGAUUUCGGCGACACCGCCUUCAUUCCGCGCCAACAGGUGGCGCCAAUCACGCAGGCGGAGCUCCAGCUGCCAUGCCAGGCCAUCGAGUGCGCGCUUGUCAACGUGUCACCUCCCGGGGACGACUGGACGGAGAAUGACGCUAUUGCUCUUUGGGAACUGACACUCAAUCUCGACAGGUCGCUGAAGCUGCUUGUUGCCAAGGUAAUAUCUACUAGUGCAAACCCUGAGUAUACUGGUCAUGUAAAGUACUACAUCGACCUUCAGGACACGUCAACACCUGAAGACAUUGUGAUUGGCCAGGAGCUGGUUGCAGCAGGACAUGCAAUUGGUUCUCCGGGUUCUGUACAGGAUUUAUUUCCUGAUGCAGUUCUUGGAGAGAAUAUGCAAUCUGACAAGAAGACGUGUCAAGCAGUACCGAGCUUGUGCGCUGCCCUGUACAGAAACAAGGAUAUGGCAGAGAGACUAGUCAUCGCUAAACGUAUCAAGGAGAUUGUCUUCAAGUCUGCAAAGAGUAAAUCGGAGGUGCGGGAGAGUGGAGGGGUGAGAGCUCUGUGCAAGCUCCUAGCCUUUACCCACAGUGACGUCGUGCAGACUUACAUGCUACAGACCCUCACACUACUUGUCACCGGCGAUGACACUAACAGAGAUGAGGUUUGCCGAGAGAGUGGGGUGCAAGCAAUCUGUCGUCUGCUCAAGCGAACAACCAGCAUCACUGUACAGGAGCAUGCUACCUGGGCAUUGGCUACUCUUGCAGCGAAUAAGGCCUGCUGUGCCAAAAUCAGAGAGUGUGGUGGAUUACUGCAGCUCUGCCACCUGCUGGGAGUAACAAGAAAUGACAAGAUUGUGGAGAAUAUCUGCAUUGCACUGAAAUCUAUGGCAGACGACAACACAAAGAACUCUAUUUAUAUUAAGGACAAAGGAGGGAUUAAAUUACUGUGUGAUUUAAUCGCAACAACAAAUAAUGCCAACAUCUUGGAGUUUGCGACAUGGACUAUAGAGAAGUUGGCUAUAUCUUACAGUAACCGGGAGGUUGUGGGACGCCAUAAAGGCAUUGACCUGCUCUUCACACACCUGGAGACUUCCACCGACAAGAAGUUUGUUCUCAGAGCACUGAGCACUCUCAAGCUGCUCACUACUGAUCACCCGGACAACAUAGCCAGACUUGCUCAGUGCAACUUGCUGCCAAUCUUUGACAGGUUCACUAAGAAAAGUAUAACGACACUGUGUGCAGAUCUCUUAGCAAAGGUUGUCAAUUACCACGACGAGGACAAUUCGGAUAUUCGUGAUGAGAGCUCUGAUGAGUGCGUGGAGCGUAUACUGCGCCCAUUUACCAAGAAGAUAAUGGACAAAAUUCAAGGCGCAUCUGCUAACACCACUGAGUGUGUGACUCAUGUUGAAGAUUGCAAUGGUGUUACAACUCAACUCGCUCCUAAAGAUCUGGCAGAGUGCACAGUAGCAUCUACGAUAGUCAGUCAGAAUAAUACUGAAAGUCAACACCCUCAGUCUUCAGUCACAACAGAGCAGAUGAACUCAGAUGGGCACGGAACGUGUGUAACCGAAACUGUUGCAGAGCCACCACCCCAUGCUGGCAAUGGGUCAUUGCCUUCAUGUGCAGACGUGAUGCCCAAACUGGAACCCAUAAUCUCUAGUGUGAUGCCAAAUACCUGCUGGUCUCAGAAGGAGGAGAUUGUUCAGCUUGCGAUUAAACUGAGGGGUGUUGUCGACAGUCUCACGACAGUGGAGGUUCAUGAACGCUUCGUGGACUUCAGGACACUGCUAGACAGCAAGCCGUAUGCACUGAGCAUAGAUCUGUAUGAGUGUGUCCGACUGGAAGAUACACGCAUAAUGGGAGGAGAAGUGCUCAUCGUCCUUCACAAGCUCCAGCCUGGAUUCUGGCCCCGGCUUUUACUCGGCAUAGAGAAGAUGCCAAACAUUUCGUUGGACUUUGAGCGGUAUGAGGAUUCGGACUCGGAUGAUAAUCGGCUGCCAGCAUGGGGGCAAAAUGACUCAGGACGUGUAUAUAAAGUAAACCGUUCUAGUGAGUCUUCCGAUAGUGACGCCAGCUUUACUGAGAGAGACCUAGAGGACUUGUUCUAGUGCUCGAAGUUUGACUGCAUGUUUCACUAAUGAAACUUAUGUAUACCUUUAUAAUUAAUAUAUGCUAUUGUAAACGGGUAAAUUUGCAUUGUGUUCCUUAGUUUGAUUAGUCCUAAAAAGUUGAAAAUCAGAGACCAGGAUUCGUUAAGUUGGUUAUCUUUUUGUGAUAAAUGAUUGAACUUGCAUUACUAAUCUGAUAAAGAUGUGUUGAUAUACAUCAUGUGCCUUCAUUGUAUUGAAAACUAUAUUUUCAUUAUUAAAUAAGUACUUUCACACGUCGUAUAUAAAGGAAAUUAAUGUGAUGCAUGCUUGUGUCGGAAUAAUAAUAAUUAUUAAUAAUAAUUAAUGUGUUGGAAUUGUGGUACAUGGUCAUUAGUAGGCUUCCUAAUAAACAAGGGAAAUAUUAUUCAAUAUUAAACUGACUACGUCAC